GUGCUGAUCGGCCCGAGGGAGCGGUACGGGCACCCCGCAGGGUCGGGGUUAGAGGGGGGGAAGAGGAGGAGGGAGAGAGGAGGGUCAGGGGCCAUGGGGUCCUGGGGAGGGACAGCCACAUGAUCCGCAUCCCACAUGACACUGAAGGAAAGCGGUGGCAGCAGCCAGCCCCGCAAAACGUCAUUUUUAUCCUUUUUUUCCGCCGUCAAAGAAGAGGGGUAAAAUACCCCAGCAUCAUCCCCUCCCCACCGCCGCAGCCGCCGCCACCGCGGUCAGGUUUACAAACAUCCGAACAGAGGCAGCUCCAGGUGUCAAUUUACUCCAUGGUUUCCAGUAUGAUUGGCAGCUUCCCAGGGGUGCCUUCACCUGGGAUUACAAACAGAGACAGAAGGAGAUCGGCGCCGCUGGGAUUAUGCUUUGGAACAGCCUGAGCACAAGAGGUGGCUGUGUUUGCCCACAGCAUGGAUAACAGCAGCAGUCCUUUUCUUCCCCCUACCUUAUUGAUCCUGCUGCAGAACAAGAGCUACCCUGAAGCCUCCAUCCCUCCUGCUGCCUACAAGAUCACAGAGUCACCCACAGGACCCAGCUCGAGCAGGAACCAGACUGUCUUGCAGUAUGAACUGAGGCCGCGGGAAAUUGCAGCAGCCAGCAUGGUCUUGGGAGUCUUGUGGCUGGUUUCUGUCUUUGGGAACUCCCUGGUCUGUUUAGUGAUCCACAGGAGCAGGAGGACACAAUCCACCACCAACUAUUUUGUGGUCUCCAUGGCUUGUGCAGACCUUCUCAGCAGUGUUGCAAGCAUGCCCUUUGUGCUGCUCCAGUUCACCUGGGGCAGGUGGGUGCUGGGGAGUGGGGUGUGCAAGCUGGUAAGAUACAUCCAGUACCUCACCCCUGGAGUCCAGAUAUAUGUGCUCCUCUCUAUAAGCGUGGAUCGAUUCUACACUAUCAUCUACCCACUGAGUUUCAAAGUGUCCAGGGAGAAAGCCAAGAAAAUGAUUCUGGCCUCUUGGCUAUUUGACGCUGUAUUUGCAUCACCAGUUUUCUUAUUCUAUGGCUCCAACACUGAUGACCACUGCAACUUUUUUCUCCCCAGUUCUUGGGAAGGAGCUGCCUACGGUAUCAUCCAGCUCUUGGUGGUGUUUUUGAUCCCAUACAUCCUCAUCAUCUUCUUCUACCAGAAGGUCAUCAAGUACAUUUGGAGAAUAGGCGCUGAUGGCAGGACUGUCAGGAGGACAAUGAAUACUGUCCCAAGAGCAAAGGUGAAAACCAUCAAGAUGUUCUUAAUGUUAAACUCAUUAUUUCUCCUCUCCUGGCUCCCUUUCUACGUGGUACAGCUGUGGCACCCAGAGGAAACAGACUACAGAAAGAGUUCCUUGGUUUUCCUGGCCAUCACCUGGCUCUCUUUCAGUUCUUCAGCCUCUAAGCCAACCCUCUACUCCUUGUAUAAUGCCAACUUCAGAAGAGGAAUGAAAGAAACUUUUUGCAUGUCUGCCAUGAAAUGCUACAGAAGCAAUGCAUACACUAUUACCACCAGUUCCAGGAUAGCAAAAAAAAAUCAUGUUGGUAUUGCAGAAAUCACAGCUCCAGCCAAAACUAUCACCAAAGAUUCCAUCUACGAUGCUUUUAACAGAGAAGCAAAGGAAAAAAAGCUUGCCUGGCCUAUUCAGUCCAAUCCCCCAAACACAUUUGUCUAGUUGGCUACAUUGCUUUGAAAACUUGUUACGAACCCCCAGAACCAGGAGUUUUCACUGCCUUUUGAACCAAUGUAUAUUUAAAUUUUUUUAACACAACUUUUAGGGAAUUAAAAAAAAAAUAUUUUAUCAAAU